AUUUCGAUAGCAUCCGCAGAUUUGGAUCAAAACCCUAAUUCUCCAGUUCAAUCUUCGGAAAUGGCAAGCCUGUGGCGAGCUGUGAUCGGCGGUCAGAGCAACAAUUCCGACGACUACGGAGGCGUAGAGUUCUGGUCCAACCCUGAACGAACCGGCUGGCUCACGAAACAGGGAGAGUACAUCAAGACUUGGCGACGCCGAUGGUUCGUGCUCAAACAAGGGAAACUCUUCUGGUUCAAAGACUCCGAUGUCACGCGCGUGUCACGCCCUCGCGGUGUCGUCCCCGUCGCGUCGUGCUUAACCGCCAAAGGAGCAGAGGAUGUCCUCAACAAGCAAAACGCGUUCGAGCUAUCGACGAGAGAUGAGACUAUGUACUUCAUCGCUGAUUCGGAGAAGGAGAAAGAAGAUUGGAUCAAUUCCAUUGGACGGUCCAUCGUGCAGAACUCCAGAUCUGUUACCGAUUCUGAGAUCGUCGAUUACGAUAACAAACACUAGUUCUUGAUUUCUCUGUUUUUGUCUUUUGUGUCAAAAUGUAAAAUCCCACCAAAUCAAGAAAUGAAAAGGCUUUGUCUCUGCUUGUAAUCAAGAGAUAUACACGUGAUUCCAAGCUUAA